GUUUGAGGAGCUGUUUGAUUAAAUGUAAAGCCCGAGAUAAUCGAGGUUCCCAUCUCGGAUAGCUAACGAGCGUUUUAUGCAAGAUGACAAAGAUUAAAACGACCCGCCUUCCACUACGCAGUAAAACGAAAACGAAACUUAAUGCCGCCAACGGUGCAAUGAAAACUGGACCGUAGUAAAAUGUCAAAACUCAACAUGGGAUCGGAACAAUGUCAGGAUCGGGAUCAAAUUAUUUGUGCACUUUGCGAAAAAUCAGACGAAACUGAAGUCACCGGGCCCCUCUCCUCCAAAGACAACAUCUCCGCACAUCAAAACUGUUUGUUGUACGCAUCAGCGAUCUUCUGCACGAAUUCCCCCAUCUACGACGACCUGUUUGGAUUUGAUGUAGAAGAUGUGAAGAAAGAGAUGAAGAGAGGAAAAAGACUAUUUUUGUGAGAUCUCUUUUGAUUUGGCCAUCUAUUGCUACUCAACUUCAGCUCAUGCAUGGACCAAAUGUAUAUACUGUAUGUCUCACAUCUCAAGGUUUGCCACUACUGUAAGAGAGCCGGUGCUACAGCCGGCUGUGACGUGAAGCGCUGUAAACGCUCGUACCAUUACCCCUGCGCCAUAAAGGACCGAGCCAGAGCCGCUGAAAACAGUAACGAAGGCAGUUAUAGAUUGUUCUGUGAAUUACAUGAUCCAGAAUCCAAAAAAAUAAGUUCAGAAAAUGUGCUAGAGGCCGCACCGUGUGGCCCUAGACCCUUUAAGAGACGAAAUUCUGUGGUUGGUGACCGGCCUAACAUGAAAAGGCUUGAGAGGAGAGACUCAUCAUCUUCAGGGUCAUCAGAAGUGAGUUUGUCCAAAAAGAAAAAGACAGUGGCAUUUAUUUUGAUAGAUUCUGAUGAUGAGGAUGAAUCCAUGAAUAUAAAAGAAGAAUCGGACACAGAGCCUCCAGUUCAGAGCAAUCCAUCAACUCCUGAUCCUGAAAGUAAAAGAGAUUCAGUGUCUGUUUCCAGGCCCAGUGCAGAGCCCAGUCCAUCAACCACAGGAACACUGUGUAAAAGUCCAUUAAAAGUGUCGUCUCCUCAGAAAGCUUCUGGAUCAUCAGACCAUCCAGAAGAUUUGAAGGACAAGCAGUCCACUCCUGUGCCUAAAAAAACGAGGCUGUGUGAAAAACUCAAACCAUCACCCACAGAAGCUGACGACGACACAGACGUUGAUUCGUCUCAGGAAGAGUCUCAGAGUUUGUUAUCCUCAAAAUGGUACCGUAUCACGACCCCCUGUCAAGUUAUUUUGGACUCUGGACCCUCUGUAGAAUCAGAGCACAGUCUAGAGCCUUCUUCACCUGCCAGUGCAGCUGUGUCUACCUCCCCUGAACAGAAGGAAGCGGCGUCCACAAGCAGAUCUUCUCCAGCGCCCAGAGCUCCAACCACUGAGCCUGUCUCACCAACUAUUUAUUCUGUGCCUGCUGUGGAGCGUUUCAGCUGUGAUUCAGGUCGUCCCGCUGCAGCGAAGGCCUCUAAAGUGGGCACCACAGAGAAACCCAAGUCCAGUGCCAGCGUGUUUUGGACCCGAUGUAACGAGGCUGGGUGGACCAAAGAGAUCUUCUCAGAGCUCGAGUCUCAGCUGAGCAGUCUUGGAGAAAGAGUGCAGUCACAGAAAGCCAGUGACCAAGAUUAUGAUGCUGCUCUCAAAGUGUUGGAGGCAUCUGGACGUCUACCUUGCAUUAUUUCUCAGCUGGAACAAGACAUAGAGAAACAGGAACAGGACUUAAAGAGGAAAAAAGCAGCACUGAGGGAUGCCAAAGCUGUACUAGAUGUUUAAUGUGUAACAAAAUUUUUUGGUUUUUACCAGGUUUACAGUAUGUGACAAAAUAUGUCUUCGUAUUACAUUCUGAUAGGAUCA